CAUCAAGUCCAGAACUGCUUUGUUUUUCUUCUAUAAUCAUGGCAAAACCUUAUGAAUUUAACUGGCAGAAGCCAGUUCCCUCUUUUAUGCAAGAUGGAGCUGUGUUUGAUAGAUAUGAAGAGGAAUCUUUUGUCUUUGAAAGCAACUGUCUGUUCCAAGUGGAUGAAUUUGGCUUUUUUCUGAGCUGGAAAAGUGAAGGAAAGGAAGGACAGGUAUUAGAAUGCUCCCUGAUCAACAGUGUUCGUUUUGGAGCGGUACCAAAGGAUCCCAAAAUAAUAACUGCACUUGAGGCUGUCGGAAAAUCAGAAAAUGAGUUGGAAGGACGGAUAGUGUGUGUUUGCAGUGGCACAGAUCUGGUGAACAUCAGCUUCACUUUCAUGGUAGCAGAAAACACAGAGAUAGCCAAGCAAUGGGUAGAAGGGCUUGGAUCCAUCAUACAUAACUUUAGAGCUAACAAUGUCAGUCCAAUGACAUGUCUCAAGAAACACUGGAUGAAGCUGGCCUUUCUAACAAACACAAAUGGGAAAAUUCCAGUUCGGAGCAUUACCAGAACCUUUGCAUCAGGUAAAACAGAAAAAGUGAUCUUUCAGGCACUUAAGGAAUUAGGUCUUCCCAGUGGAAAGAAUGAUGAAAUUGAGCCUGCAGCAUUUACUUACGAGAAAUUUUAUGAGCUCACCCAAAAGAUAUGUCCCCGAACUGACAUAGAGGACCUCUUUAAGAAGAUCAAUGGAGACAAAACUGAUUAUUUAACGGUAGACCAAUUAGUGAGCUUUCUAAAUGAACAUCAACGAGAUCCUCGGCUCAAUGAAAUUUUAUUUCCCUUUUAUGACACAAAAAGAGCAAUGCAGAUAAUUGAGACGUAUGAGCCAGAUGAAGACUUGAAGAGUAAAGGUGUCAUAUCAAGCGAUGGGUUUUGCAGAUACUUGAUGUCAGAUGAAAAUGCCCCAGUUUUCCUAGACCGUUUGGAAUUAUACCAAGAAAUGGACCAUCCUUUGGCUCAUUAUUUCAUCAGUUCCUCUCACAAUACAUAUUUAACAGGCAGGCAGUUUGGUGGCAAGUCUUCAGUGGAGAUGUACAGACAAGUGCUUUUGGCUGGAUGCAGGUGUGUUGAGCUGGACUGUUGGGAUGGCAAAGGUGAAGAUCAAGAACCAAUAAUAACGCAUGGAAAAGCAAUGUGUACAGAUAUUCUUUUCAAGGAUGUAAUUCAAGCCAUUAAGGAAACAGCAUUUGUUACAUCAGAGUAUCCUGUCAUUCUUUCAUUUGAAAAUCACUGCAGCAAAUAUCAACAGUACAAGAUGUCAAAAUACUGUGAAGAUCUUUUUGGAGAUCUCCUGUUGAAGCAGCCUCUAGAAACACAUCCACUCGAUCCAGGUAAAGCCUUACCUUCUCCUAAUGACCUCAAAAGAAAGAUUCUCAUAAAGAAUAAAAGGCUGAAACCUGAAGUAGAAAAAAAACAGCUUGAUGCUCUGAAAAAGAUGAUGGAGGCUGGGGAAACUGCUGCUCCUGUAAAUAUCCUAGAGGAUGAUAAUGAAGAAGAAAUAGAAAGUGCUGACCAGGAAGAAGAAGCUCAUCCAGAGUACAAGUUUGGAAGUGACCUUACUGUAGAUGAUUACAGUCAAAAAGAAGCUGUUGCCAUCAGUGUCAAAAAGGCUGUUGAAGAUUCUGAGCAAGAAAACAAUAAAAAGGGUUUAGUAACUGUUGAAGAUGAACAAGCAUGGAUGGCAUCUUACAAAUAUGUAGGUGCCACAACCAAUAUACAUCCAUAUUUAUCAACAAUGGUCAACUAUGCUCAACCUGUAAAAUUUCAAGGUUUCGAUGUAGCAGAAGAACGUAAUAUUCAUCAUAAUAUGUCCUCUUUCAAUGAAUCAGUCGGACUAGGAUAUUUGAAGACCCAUGCCAUUGAGUUUGUGAAUUAUAAUAAACGACAAAUGAGUCGGAUAUACCCAAAGGGAGGCCGAGUGGAUUCCAGUAAUUACAUGCCUCAAAUUUUCUGGAACGCUGGCUGCCAGAUGGUCUCACUGAACUAUCAGACCCCAGAUUUAGCAAUGCAGUUGAAUCAAGGAAAAUUUGAAUAUAAUGGAUCAUGCGGGUAUCUACUUAAACCAGAUUUCAUGCGACGACCAGAUCGAACAUUUGACCCUUUCUCUGAAACUCCUGUAGAUGGUGUAAUUGCUGCAACAUGUUCUGUACAGGUAAUAUCUGGUCAGUUCUUAUCAGACAAAAAGAUCGGUACGUAUGUAGAAGUGGAUAUGUAUGGUUUACCCACGGACACGAUACGUAAAGAAUUUCGAACGCGCAUGGUGAUGAACAAUGGUCUGAACCCUGUUUACAAUGAAGAAUCGUUUGUAUUUCGAAAGGUUAUUCUCCCUGAUCUUGCUGUCCUGAGAAUAGCAGUGUAUGAUGACAAUAAUAAGUUGAUCGGUCAGAGGAUCCUGCCUCUGGAUGGUCUGCAAGCAGGUUACAGACACAUUUCCCUUCGGAAUGAGGGCAACAAACCACUCUCUCUUCCAACGGUUUUCUGCAACAUUGUGCUUAAAACAUAUGUGCCUGAUGGUUUUGGAGAUAUUGUGGAUGCUUUAUCAGAUCCAAAGAAAUUUUUGUCUAUCACAGAAAAAAGAGCAGACCAAAUGAGAGCUAUGGGUAUUGAAACUAGUGAUAUAGCCGAUGUACCAAAUGACACUUCAAAGAACGAUAGAAAAGGAAAAGCCAAUAAUGCCAAAGCCAGCGUAACACCUCAGAGUAGCUCUGAACUUCGACCAAGUACCACAGCAGGCUUUGGAUCUGGGACUGACGCUAAGAAAGGUAUAGACCUUAUUCCUCAAGUGAAGAUAGAAGAUUUAAAGCAAAUGAAAGCUUAUAUAAAGCAUUUAAAGAAACAGCAGAAAGAGCUGAGUGCCUUGAAGAAGAAACAUACAAAGGAGCACAGCGCUAUGCAGAAGUUGCACUGCACACAAAUUGACAAAAUAGUGGCACAAUAUGAUAAAGAAAAGGUAUCAUACGAGAAAAUGUUAGAGAAGGCAAUCAAGAAGAAGGGAGGAAGUAAUUGUCUUGAAUUGAAGAAAGAAACGGAAAUUAAAAUUCAGACACUAACAUCAGAUCACAAAUCUAAGGUCAAAGAGAUUGUGGCACAGCACACGAAAGAGUGGUCUGAGAUGAUCAAUACGCACAGUGCCGAAGAGCAAGAAAUCCGUGAUUUACACUUGAACCAACAGUGUGAACUACUGAAGAAACUGCUGAUUAAUGCUCAUGAACAACAAACCCAGCAACUAAAAUUUUCACAUGACAGGGAAAGCAAGGAAAUGCGUGCCAACCAGGCUAAAAUAUCUAUGGAGAACAGCAAAGCCAUAAGCCAAGAUAAAUCUAUCAAAAAUAAAGCUGAAAGAGAGAGGCGAGUCAGAGAACUGAACAGCAGCAACACAAAAAAGUUCCUGGAAGAGAGAAAAAGGCUGGCAAUGAAGCAGUCAAAGGAGAUGGAUCAGUUGAAAAAAGUUCAGCUUGAGCAUUUGGAAGUCUUGGAGAAGCAGAAUGAGCAGCUUUUGAAAUCCUGUCAUGCAGUGUCUCAAACACAAGGCAAAGGAGAUGCAGCAGAUGGUGAAGCUGGAAGCAGAGAUGGAUCGCAGGCCAGCAACAGUGGUCUAAAGCCUCAACAAGCAAACUGAAGUGAGAGAACACAGCAUCCUUAAAAUGAGAGCAAAAUUCAAAAUAACGUUGCUGAGGUUGAAAAGUGGGCUUUUUUCUUUUUCGUUUUGUUUUGUUUUGCGGGGGUGGUUUGGGGUUUUUUUUGUUUU